UAGCUUGUGCUAUCUUCCGGAUUCACGCAUUUAACAGUUGCACAUCUUACAACUUACCAAAUAUGAAGGCAGUUGUCAUAGUGGUGGCCUUGCUCGGAGUGUGUUUUGCUGAAGACAUAAAAUACUAUACAACAGCUGAUGACAACUAUGAUAUCAAAUCAGUGGUCGCAGAUAGGGCCCGUUUGGAAGCUUACAAUAAAUGUUUCGUUGAUAAAGGUCCCUGUGAUGAAAUAUCUGCAAGUUAUAAGCUUAUAAUUCCUGAAUCAAUUAUAGAAGCAUGUCGCAAAUGUAAUCCAGCCCAAAAACACUUAGCAAAUACUUAUCUCACUGGCCUCAAGCAGAACUAUCCCGAACAUUACGCUGAGUUUGUCGAGAAGUACGACCCAGAAGGAAUAUAUUUGGAUAAGUUUAUGGAAGCUGUUAAGGGCUAUUAACAUGAUUAUAUAAUGCUAUGUGACUUAUCUUGAAUACAUGUUUCCUUUAAUAA